AAAUUGGCCUGGACUGGAAGGGGGGUGAAAGUGUCCGGACUGGAAGGGGGGGGGAAAGUGUCCGGACUGGAAGGGGGUGAAAGUGUCCAGACUGGAAGGGGCGGAAAGUGUCUGGACUGGAAGGGACGGAAAGUGUCCGGACUGGAAGGGGGGGGAAAGUGUCCGGACUGGAAGGGGGGGAAAGUGUCCGGACUGGAAGGGGGGGGGGAAAGUGUCCGGACUGGAAGGGGGGGGGUGAAAGUGUCCGGACUGGAAGGGCUGAAAAUUGGCCUGGACUGGAAGGGGGUGAAAGUGUCCGGACUGGAAGGG